UCUCACCAACCUAUCCUUACUUUGACGGUGGGUUGAGUAACCCACCGGCCACAGUCGAAACUCGAUCUUCCGCGCCAUUCAGCUUGACUUCCCUCUCUUCGCUGUGCGCCGGGGGAGGCCUAACGUUCGAAUGACACCGGGUACCAGGAGCCUACCCCGAUGACGAGGAAUACUUGUCUUCCGAGCGUCGCGAUAGCGCUUGGGCGAACUUCGUAAGACGGGUUGAUGCGAAGGGUUUUCCGUUUCCGCUCGUGCUGGAAGAUUGCCAGGGGAAUCUUUUCUUAAGACCGCCGACCGAGCGCUUCCGCGAUUUAAUUAACGGACCGUUAGAUAAGUGAAACAAAACGCAUUAAUCAAGAUGUACGGGAUGCUGCUGGAAAGUGUGCAAUAUUUCGUGCAGUUAGAAUUCGGUGACGAGAUAUGGUGUCAUAUUUUGGAAAAAGCUGACUGCAAGCACAUGGUUUUUAAUACCAGACAGACGUACUCGGAUGAACUGAUGACCAAUUUGGCCGCAGCUCUCGCCGCGUACACUGGCGAUUCCAUGGAUAACAUUAUGCAAUUUUUCGGCAGGUGCUUCGUCAGGUUUUUUAGUAAUUUGGGGUAUGAUUGCACCGUAAAAGCGACUGGUCGUUAUUUUUGCGACUUUCUGCAAAGCGUUGACAACAUUCACAUGCAAAUGAGAUUUACAUAUCCAAAAAUGAAGAGCCCUUCCAUGUACACAACACAUGUAGAUCCGCAGGGAGUCGUUCUGGUUUAUAGAAGUACUCGGCAAGGCUUCACGCAUUACCUCAUGGGACAAUUAUUUCAAAUAGCAAAAGAUCUGUAUAAUACAGAACUGGACAUUAGAGUGCUGGAGACCUCGAAUAAUAUUCCAGGAUCCCGAAACGUGAUGGUUAAAUUCCGAAUUGAUUUCGAUAACCGUCAGUAUAUCGCUAAAAACAACCGAAUGAAAACUCCGCUGGGUCGCGAACUGCCUCCAAUUUCCUGCACAUUUUUCCUGCGCCUUUUCCCAUUUGGCGUAGUGAUGAACAAGGAAAUGCGAAUUCUUGGGGCGGGUGAUAAGUUACUCCAAGCCUGGGGUGGCACCGCGUCUAUUUUAAACAAGCACGCCACGGAAAUCUUCAAAUUGAGAAGACCCAAAGGAAUUUCCUUCACUUGGGGGAACGUAAUGUAUUUGCAUUCGGUGAUAUUUGAAUUAGAGCUCAUCAGAGCGAACGAUCACCACACCGCGAUCAAUUCGGGCGACGCGCCGAGCACGAGCAGUGGUUUAGACAGACGUGGUAGUCAAGGCGCACGAAGCAUCCUGCUGAAAGGUCAAAUGAGGUACAUCGAGGAUAUCAAGGCGAUUAUAUUUCUCUGUAGCCCUUUGAUCAAUAGUUUGGACGAACUCCUUAAUAUGGGUUUGUACCUGAAUGAUCUGAAUCCUCAUGGUAUGAGCAGAGAACUGGUGCUAGCAGGAUGGCAGCAUUGCGGAAGGCUGGAAAUGAUGUUCGAAAGGGCCGAGCAAAGAUCGACGGAAUUGGAAAACAGUUACGCACUACUGGACCGUUGGAAAAACAAGAGCGACGAGCUUUUGUACUCUAUGAUCCCGCAAACGGUGGCCGAUCGAUUGCGAGCUGGAGCCAGUCCGUUGAGCACUUGCGAGUCGUUCGAGUCAAUCACGGUUCUCUUUUGCGAAUUAUGCGACUUCGAUUACUCGACCAUCGAAGGAGCGAUGGACAUUGUGUCGUCCAUGAAUGCGGUUUACUCCUGCUUCGACACGCUGAUGGAUCAGUUCAACGUGUACAAAGUGGAAACUGUGGGUCGCGUGUACAUGGCAGCGAGUGGAGCGCCGGACAGAAACGAAAAUCACGCGCAGAAUAUCGCCGAUGUUUCCCUGCAGCUUAUUGAGCACGUCCGAUCCCUCAAAUUACCCUCCGGACUCGACAUACGAAUCCGUAUAGGAAUCCACUCCGGACCAGCGGUCGCCGGCGUGGUCGGCAUCAAAGUACCGAGAUACUGUUUCUUCGGAGAUACCGUUAACACUGCUUCCAGAAUGCAGACCACUAGCCUGCCGGGGAAAGUUCACAUUUCUUCCAGCACCAAAGCUCUGUUACCCGAAGGUCGUUUUCGUACGGAAUCACGUGGCGUUGUAUGGGUUAAGGGAAAAGGAGACAUGGAAACAUACUGGUUGCAAUGUGUGCUAAAUGAGGAAGCAAAAGAAAAGGUCGACUCGUCGGACGACGAAGAUGCGGUAGUCGAAGGUCUUCUAGUCACUAAUAUAUAAGACUUACAUAUAGAACUCUAAUAUUAAAAAACAAAAAAAAAAGAAACUUCACGUAGCAUAAUUUUCAUA